CCAGCCGAGGCAGGUCCCUCAAAGCCCAAACUCGGAGGUUAUGAUUUCUAUCACAGUAUCGGCAGUCCCAAAUGGGUAGUAGCUCCCAUGGUAGAUCAGAGUGAGAUGGCAUGGCGUCUUCUAUCUCGAUCCCCUCUUCCUCCUUCCAUCGCCGGACCAUCAACCAGCGUCACUCCCGCUAGCACUUCGAAGACAUAUCACCGUCAUCCCGGCGGAGCACACUUGUGUUAUACGCCUAUGAUCCACGCCAAGGUUUUUGCUCAAUGCAGACCAGAGUCAAGAGGAGGCGAUGGACAGUUCAACCUCUCCUUCGAAGAGGAAGGAUCGAGCGAGACUUUGGCAGGGAUAGAAGGAGGCGAUCGACCUUUGAUCGUACAGUUUUGUGGAAAUGAUCCUGAGGUGUUGGUGAAAGCCGCGAGGAAGGUAGAGCAUAGAUGUGAUGCUGUGGAUAUCAACCUUGGUUGUCCGCAGGGUAUAGCAAAGAGAGGGAAUUAUGGAGCGUUCUUGCAAGAUGAUUGGGAUCUGAUUCAUCGUAUAAUAUCCACACUACACAAAAACCUCUCAAUCCCCGUCACUGCCAAAUUCCGUAUCUUUCCAGAGAUGGACCGAACCGUCGCCUAUGCUAAAAUGCUCGAAGACGCCGGAGCUCAAAUCAUCACCUGUCACGGUCGAACAAGGGAGAUGAAAGGUCAAUUGACAGGAUUAGCAGACUGGCAAGCUAUCCGUGCUGUCAAGCAAGCUGUGAAGAUACCCGUGUUCGCCAAUGGAAAUAUCCUCUAUCGCGAUGAUGUUGAUCGAUGUAUGGAAGUGACGGGAUGUGAUGGUGUUAUGACUGCCGAGGGAAACCUGUCCAACCCUGCCAUAUUCCUCCCUCCCGAUCAUCCCCACUUUCAUCCCAAUACCGUACUCCUCGCUCGUCGAUACCUUGACAUAGUUUCUUCCCUCCAAACUCCUACUGCCAACUCGGCGAUCAAAUCCCAUCUGUUCAGACUUUUCAAACCCAUUUUAGAUCAAGAUGAUGAUGGGAGCCUACGUCAGUAUAUCGCGAGAAGCGGCUCAGGUUCCACAACAGAAGCGAGAGUGACAAGUUUCAGAGAAGUUGUGAAUGAGAUCGAAAAACGUCAACAACCCGCUGUGGAUAAAGCUGGUCCAGACUGGAGUCCUCCCCCUAUAGACCCAAUGACAGGAUAUCGAACACUGCCCGUUUUCUCCGCUCAACCUCUUAUUCGCGCUUCACCCAUAUCGACGGAAAUAGGAGGUAACGAAUCUUUUGUUGAUGAAGAAUCCACCUUGAACCAACCUUCCACCCCUCCGACCGAUCCAACACGAGUACAAACACCCACUCCAAGUGUGAACGGAAGUAAUAUCAAUAUCAAUAUUCAAGUGAAAUGUCCCCACUCGGACCCUACACCAUGUAGCGCUAUAGCUGCUUCUCGUUGUUCUCGAGGAUUAUGUUUGUUACAUUGUCGACAAGAAGGUGCAGUGGAAGGUGGUAUGACACCCUCUGAAGCUCUUGCUGCGGUUUCGGCUGGACUCAUGGGAAUGGGAUGUGAAGCGCAUGAGAGUAAAGAAGCUGCUAAGAGGGAAAGAAUGGCUCAGAAGAGGAAAGGGAGAGCCGAGACCAAAAAAGUGGUGAAGAUGCGUAAG